CAGCAGAGACGAGGCCCCGGUUGCUGCGGUGACGAUGGCGGCUCGGGAAGCGCAGGCUGCCGGCUCGGCCUGUGAGCUGGGGGCCCGGGAGCGGCUGGCCAGCGGCAGCACGGCGGGAGACGAGUCGUCAGACAGCGAGGCCGAGCACGAGUCCGCGCAGAAACUGAUCCGCAAAGUGUCCACCUCCGGCCAGAUCCGCAGCAAGGCUAUUAUAAAAGAAGGUCUUCUGAUGAAGCAGACAAGUUCAUUUCAGCGCUGGAAGAAAAGAUACUUUAAGCUCCGGGGACGGACACUGUAUUAUGCAAAGAAUGCAAAGUCCAUCAUCUUUGAUGAAGUGGAUUUAACAGAUGCCAGUGUUGCAGAAUCCAGCACGAAAAAUGUUAACAACAGUUUUACAAUAAUUACCCCUUUUCGAAAGCUGAUCUUGUGUGCUGAAAACCGCAAGGAGAUGGAAGAUUGGAUUGCAGCAAUGAAAACUAUCCAGAACAGGGAUCACUUUGAGUCAACCCAGUACAGCAUGGACCAUUUCUCAGGGAUGCACAACUGGUAUGCCUGCUCACAUGCACGGCCAACAUACUGCAAUGUGUGUCGAGAGGCCCUGUCAGGGGUUACAUCUCAUGGAUUGUCCUGUGAAGUGUGCAAGUUCAAAGCUCACAAGCGCUGUGCUGUGAGAGCAACCAAUAACUGCAAGUGGACAACACUGGCCUCAAUUGCUAAAGAUAUAAUUGAAGAUGAAGAUGGGGUCUCAAUGCCACAUCAGUGGUUGGAAGGCAACCUGCCUGUCAGUGCAAAAUGUACUGUCUGUGACAAAACAUGUGGCAGUGUUCUAAGACUGCAGGAUUGGCGCUGCCUGUGGUGCAAGGCAAUGGUGCACACAGCCUGUAAAGACAUGCUUCCUAUUAAAUGUCCUCUGGGACAGUGUAAGGUUUCUGUUAUUCCUCCGACUGCACUCAACAGCAUUGACUCUGAUGGGUUUUGGAAAGCAACGUGCCCACCAUCAUGUACCAGUCCACUUCUUGUGUUUGUGAACUCUAAAAGUGGCGAUAACCAGGGGGUGAAGUUCCUGAGGAGAUUCAAGCAGUUGCUGAACCCGGCUCAGGUGUUUGACUUGAUGAACGGAGGCCCACAUCUUGGUUUGCGGUUAUUCCAAAAGUUUGACACAUUUCGAAUCCUAGUAUGUGGUGGAGAUGGCAGCGUUGGAUGGGUGCUGUCUGAAAUCGAUAGUCUCAAUCUUCACAAACAGUGCCAGAUGGGAGUUUUACCUUUGGGUACAGGAAAUGAUCUGGCACGUGUGCUUGGAUGGGGAUCAGCCUGUGAUGAUGACACUCAGCUUCCUCAGAUCCUGGAGAAACUGGAAAGAGCAAGUACAAAAAUGCUGGACCGAUGGGGUAUAAUGGUUUACGAAACAAAAGUGCCACGACAUUCCUCAUCUUCCCUGGGGAUAGAGGAUUUCAGUGAUGAUUUGGAGGUACAGCAAAUUUCAUUCUAUGAGGAUUCCGUUGCUGCACACCUCUCAAAAAUCCUGACAUCAGAUCAGCAUUCAGUGAUAAUAUCAUCAGCCAAAGUCCUUUGUGAAACAGUGAAAGAUUUUGUUGCCCGGGUCGGGAAGGCUUAUGAAAGAACAGCAGAGAACUGGGAAGAAUCAGAGACUAUGGCGAGAAAGUGUUCUGUCCUCAAAGAAAAACUGGACUCAUUGCUUAAAACGCUCAGUGAUGAAUCCCAGGCGGCAUCAUCCUUACCAAACCCACCGCCAACAAUUGCUGAAGAGCAAGAAGAUUGUGAGACAACCAAUAUCACGUGUGACCUGGCUGAGGACAGGCCGGCCUGCUCCCCCAGGCCACAGAUAUUCCGCCCAAGAGAGCAACUCAUGUUGCGAGCAAAUAGCUUGAAGAAAGCAAUACGACAGAUUAUAGAACAUGCAGAGAAAGCUGUGGAUGAACAAAAUGCGCAGACACAGGAUCAGGAAGGUUACACCUUUGGUCUCUGUUCAGAGGAAGAAAAGAGAGAAUCCCAAACUGAAGACAAGAUCUCACUGCACUCCUCGUAUAGUGCCAAUAUUAAAGGAAGGGUCUACCGGAAAGUGCCAAAGUCUCCCUGUGAGAGGAGGAUCAGUAAAGGAAGCUUAUCGAUCGGCAGCUCUUCUUCACUUCCUACUCCAACAGCAAAUCGAGACAACUUGCCAAUGCUUAACUCCAAGAUUCUUUACCCAAGUUUGAGAGCUGGAUUGGCUGCUUCCUUGGCUGGCGGAUCUGUCAUCAGCAAAAUGUUAUUUGUCCAUGCUGAUACUGUGAACCCGGAACCUGAUAUUCUAAAUGGGUAUACGGAAAAGUGUGUAAUGAACAAUUACUUUGGUAUUGGAUUGGAUGCAAAAAUUUCUCUUGAUUUCAACAACAAACGGGAUGAACAUCCAGAAAAAUGCAGGAGUCGUACAAAAAACAUGAUGUGGUAUGGGGUUCUUGGAACUAAGGAGUUGCUGCAUAGAACCUACAAAAACCUCGAGCAGAAAGUACUAUUGGAGUGUGAUGGACAGCGCAUCCCUUUACCAAGCCUGCAGGGCAUUGCAGUACUAAAUAUCCCCAGCUAUGCAGGUGGCACCAACUUCUGGGGUGGAACCAAGGAAGAUGAUAUUUUCACUGCCCCUUCUUUUGAUGAUAAGAUCCUUGAGGUUGUUGCUGUAUUUGGCAGUAUGCAGAUGGCAGUCUCACGAGUUAUCAACCUUCAACACCAUCGAAUUGCUCAAUGUCGUGCUGUAAAGAUCACAAUCCUCGGUGAUGAAGGAGUACCGGUGCAAGUGGAUGGAGAAGCCUGGAUCCAGUCCCCUGGCUACAUCAAAAUCAUUCACAAGAACCGUGCACAGAUGCUAACCAGGGAUAGGGCUUUUGAGAGUACCCUCAAGUCUUGGGAAGACAAGCAGAAAUGUGAACUACCUCGCCCAUCCUCUCAACAUGCCUUGCAACCUGAGAUAGUUUCAGAAGAGGAAGCUGCUGAGAUCAAUCAAUUUGGCCGAGCGGCUGGAACACUCAUCCACAGGAUUCGGGAGACAGCACAACUGCAUCAUACCAUGGAGCAGGAGCUUGCACAUGCAGUAAAUGCCAGUGCCAAAUCCAUGGACAAAGUUUACGCAAAGUCGAAAACAACUGAGGGCCUGAGUUGCAGCCUAGUGAUGGAAAUGGUCAACAAUGGGAAAGCUUUACACAACGAGACAGAGCUUCUUCUGGCAGGCAAAAUGUCUCUGCAGUUGGAUCCCCCUCAGAAGGAUGAACUCACUGGGGCUCUGGCUAAUGUGGACUUGCAACUUCGGAAACUAGCAGAGAUUCCUUGGCUAUGUCAGCUCAUUGAACCAAGUGAUGAUGAGGGCCAGUUAUUAGAAUAUUCUAAGCGCACUCGCAGUGCCAAAUUUCGUCUUGUGUCAAAGUUAAAAAAAGAAAAGAACAACAAGAACAAGGAAACCAGGGGGAAUAUGGGACUACCAGGUGGCGCUGCUCUUCGCUUUCCCACAGUGCAUCAGUGGGGUACUGAGGAGGUGGCAGCCUGGUUAGAGCAUCUUAGCCUGUUCGAGUACAGAGACACCUUCAUCCGGCAUGACAUCCGUGGUUCAGAGCUCUUGCAUCUGGAGAGACGAGACCUGAAGGACUUGGGGAUAGCGAGAGUGGGCCACAUGAAGCGAAUCCUACAUGGGAUCAAGGAGUUGAGCCGGAAUACUCCUGUCAGCGAAGUGUGAUGUAUGUGUUCAACUCCUGCAUAUACAGAGCUACCUAAACUUCCAGCCCAAUGCAUAGAGGACCAGAGAGGCUAACCUUGGGCUGUACGUAUCACCUUCAACUAACCGGAGAGUGUUGGCCUUGGAACAGCCAACAGUUAAUAAAACAAUAAGAGAUCUGAUACUUAAUCUCUCACCCAGUAGAAAGUGAGAACAAGGCUUAACCAAUCAAACUGAUGCUGCAUUCAAGGUAAAAAAUCUGUCAGAUCAGAAUUCAAGUUACCUCAAGCAAAUAUCCCUGGCAACCAGUUAGAUUGGAUUUAAUACUGAAGUUCAGCUAGGACUAAGGCUGAAUGCGAUCUGCCCAAAAUUUAACAGUAACCGCAAUGAAGAGGAAGCAUGAUCCUUCGACAAAGGAAUGUACUGCACACCAGUGACUUAAUCUCAGAAACUCUUUGCAAAAGGGAUAAAGCAUCUCUUUAUUAUGUAUACUCAGUGAUUUAAUGAAACUGUAAUUUGGAUGGAGCCUGUAGUAAUUCACAUCCACAGAUAUUAAUUGAACUCUUUCAUAUUGUGAUCAGCGACAGUUGGAGUUUGAUUGUGGAGCCCUCCAUUUCUCUCUCAUCAUAAGGGCCAUCCACACUCCUUUUGCAGAAUACCAACUUUAAAAACAUGGAAGUGCUAUUACAAUGUCUUCCUGCAUUGAUUGUCCUCAAAAUCCUUGGUGUUAACGUGUUGUAUCUCAUUGCCUCACUAACUUAGAGGCAUUAAUGUAUUCCAGAAUGACAAGAACCAGUCUCAAGCUUAUGCAUGUGUCUUUGGUAUAAUAGCACUUAGAACACAACAGCCCCUAAUAUAUUCGAAACUCAGUCGCACUCUUCAACAGUAAUGCAGCACUCGUGUAUUCUUACAUGAUACAGUCUUGGAGAAUCAAAGAAAUGUGAGUUUAAGUCCUAAAGUGUUUGGACUAGAUGAGAAUAAGUUUGGAAGUUUUCAGGAUAUUUGGAAAUCAGUCCAGAGGUAUAUAUGGUAUCUGGAAGUCAGUCUGAAUGUCUGUGAUGUCUGAAAGUUAAUCCUGAAGUAAUUGGGAUAAAUGACAGCCAUUCUGUAGUGUUUUGGAAUAUGUGUGUGUGUCUCUCUCUCUCUGUCAGGUCUUAAGAAAGCUUUACAUUUACGUCAUCUUUUAUGACCUCAUGACAUUUACCUUACAAUCAAUAAGGUUUUCUGUUGAAGUGUAGUCACUGUUGUAAUUUAAGAAAUGCAAACAGCAAAUUACCACAAAGAGUAAUGUGAUACUGAGUAGGCAGUAUGUUUAUAGCAAUAUUGGUUGACAAAUGAGUGUUGCCCUAGACAAGGGAGUUCCCUGCUUCAGAUAGUGUUUUGGGAACUCUUGUGUCCAUCCAAUAUGGCAGACUUGUUUAAAAUCUAAUUUAAAAUUUGGUACUUACAACUAUGCAGCACUCCUGGAGUAUUUGAGAUGUGAGAGUGGGCGUCCCAGUGUACUUGGGAUGUGUAACAGUAAAUCCUGGCACAUCUGAGAUGUUUGCAUGAAUGCCAGAAUAUCUGGGAUACAUAGGAAUGAAACCUCUUUGAACUGGCAUGUGUGAGAGAAUUCAGGUAUAACUGGGAGGUAUGAGAGUGAAUCCCAGAGUGUCUGGGACAUGUGUGCCUGUGUGUGAGAGAGAGAGCAAGAAUUCAUGUUUAACCAGAAUGUGUGAGAGUGAAUCCCUGUCAAUCUGGGAUGUUUGAGAAUGAGUGCUGCAAUGUUUGGAAUGUCUGAAGAAUAAUAUAAAUAAAUGUAACCAACAUUUUCAGGUAUUCUGAUCUUGUUGCACAUAGCACACCAUUGUACUUCUCAUCAUGAGGUGAUUGUUGUCCUUGAUUUUACCCUGUGCUUGCAAUACUUUUGUCAUUUCAGUGCUGGAAGUUAUUGGGAUUUGUGAGGAAACACGUUGACCACAGGAUUUUGUGGCACAAUGCACUUCCUUCAAGAUUUGUUUGCCAAUUUCUUUUUAAUGUUUAAUUUUCCUGCAGUUUUGCACAACCCUCAGCUGAGAAAAAUAGAGCUGGCUGAGAAUUCCUCUCAAAAUCUCUAAUAUUCUGUCAACUUAAUUUAAAUAUUGUUGUGGCAUCUCCAAACUAAUUGUUCUAAUCUUUGUAUCUAAGUUCUUCCAUCACCUUUUCCAUCUCUAUUUCUAUAUCAGUCUUCACUAUAAUCCCCAUUCCAAUUAUCAUGUCCUCCUAUUGUCUAUUUCACCCCAACCCCAUUCAUGCACUGAUGUGCAUGCCUUCAGCCUCUAGGUCCCAGUCUGUGGAGUCUCUUUGUCUCCUGUAAGAGCUUGUUUAACAUCUAUCUCUCUAAUAAAGCUUUUGAUCCCUACUUGAUUAAUUUUUCCUUUAUUUUUUUUUAUUUCCAUGCAUCUCUUCCAGCACCUUUUGAUGUACUUUCUGUUCUGGAGCUGUGAUUUAAAUACAGCUGUAGGCUGGUGCUCUCAAGUUCAGCAUGCCUCUGUUUAAACAAUGGAAGUCCCCAACCCUGGAUUGUUACAUACUGUUCUUAGAUACUUCUCAUACCCAUACCCAUGUUGUUAAACCCCAUGCACAUCACCAGCCUUGACCCAGAAGCUGUCCUUCAACACAUUUUCCACUCCAUUUAACUUAUUCAGGUUGAACUGAUUCUCACUAAUCUGCUUGUUCUUGCUAGUUAUGAUGCAGUUUGCCUUGGUGCUGAAUUCCCUUGCAGGUCAAGCAAUGCACUUAGCUCACAGCAGAAACAUUAUCAGCUUCACCCCCAGUCAGCCUUUCACAGUAUAACCCACAACUGUUUCCCACACAAUCAUGACCAGAAUCGUUAGUGUGGGUAAACUCCAACCUAUGGGGCUGAAUAGCUGAAUCCAAUCUUUGCUUAGCCCAGUGUGGCCUAUCUCUUUUUAAUUAGCAAAAAUUAGCCACUAUUGGGAACCUGUCAUAUUACAUCCAUAUGAAAAUGCUGGAAUAGCUUUUCUACACAAUAGCCAAUGAAUCCUAUUAUUUUUGUAGUUUUAGCUGCCUUGAUUACAACCCACACAAUGUAUGUUUCACAUCUCAGUGGCUAGCAGAGGACAUCAUAUCAGGAAAAUUAGAUUAUUCAGAGGGAAGUAUAAACUAGCAAAUUAAAUAAUAACAUAGUUCCAAAUUAGUCAUGAAACAAGAGUAAGAAGGAUCUUUAAAAAAUUUGUCACAGUGAUAGAGUCCAGUCGUUCUGCAAUUGCCAUCAUAGCUGCGAAACUGAAACUGAAUGAGGAGAGAUAUCUUAAUGUUAUAAACCCAGUUUCACAAAGUACCUGACAAUCAAAAAUCAGAACAAAGACCCAAUGGCGUGAGAUGUUUUACACACACAACCCCACAUAUUUUCAUUCGGUCUUAUCACAGCACCACAUUGCCACCUUUUCAACAUACUACAUUCCCAAUUUCUCACCAUGUUUCUGCCCUUAUGACCCACUUUUCGUGCUUUAUCUCACUCAUCUUAACGCCACCUCCAUAUCCCUCUGUCUUCCUUACUCACCUUCCUACCUAUGUAACUUAUUCACUUCUCUUUAGGGGCAUGUACCUCUGUUGACUAUUUGUACUUUUCAGUUCCAGGCCCAUAAUUUGGCCAAAACUCCUACUGGUAACAUAUACUUUUCUAAAAUUUCCAAAUCCCGGUAAGGAUGGAAUGCAUAUAUAUUCAACUUCUCACUUCACAAAUUUAUCUAGAUUGUUUAUUCUGUUGUUUGGAAAUAUUUUUGACUGAACUGCCAAGUUAGUGAUCUCUACUGCUGUAAAUGAAGGUGCCAUAAUUGAAAGCAGAACAUACAUGGGGUAAGGAUGACAAGGUUAAGAUGUCAGUUUUCACUCUCAUUACAGCUACACGUUGUAAAUUCAUCACUUUUCUCAUGAGAUAGGUAACCUUUAUGUGGCAAUACAGAUUGCUGUUUAAAGCAAAUAUCGUGGUUUUAUGACCUGACUCCCCUCUUGUUUAAAAACAAGUGCCAUGUUACAGCUAUAUAAGGAUUAAUUAUUUCUUGCAUUUGAGGAAUCAUUUUUAACAAAAAAUAAGAUUUCUCAAAAUUGUUGGUGCAAAUAUAAAAAACAUCACACGAAUCAGGAAUGAAGUAGGUGUUGGGGGAAAGAAAGCCUAAGUUGAGGGAUUAAUAUAGUGUUAGCAGGGAAAAGUUAUAUUAAUGGGGAAGCAGUUUCUUAAUAGAGAAAGUGAUGUGGUGCAUGAAUGGAGAGGCAAAAUCAUAAUGGAGGGUAAUGGUAUAUUCAGGGAAACACUGAGGGCUGAUUUUUCAUUCAUGAUCCCAAAUCAAAUAUCUGUUAUCCCUGCUGAAAUGAGAUGGGAUCACAGCCUACAAUCAUCCCACUGCCUUUGCCUAGAUUUCCUUUACAUUGCACCACUGUUAAUCAUUUUUUUUGUCAAUGUUAUGCAGAUGGAGAUGGGAGGACAGGAACCAGGAUUCCACUGGAUUUUCCUGGCGUCUGCCUCUCUCACCUCAGCUAUAUAGAAGGUGAUAAUAAGCCCAAGAAGCAUAGGUAAUAGCCUUGCAGACCAUCAAAGUAAAGAGGAGGCUUUCUAGCAACCUCUCCUACAUUUGUUCCAGUUGCCAUUUAUCUUCCUUGCAACAUGAAUUCAAACAAAAACUUGCCAUACAUAUCAGAUAGUCGACCAAGGCAGGAAAUGGUUUAGAUUUAGGCCAAAAUUGGAGGGGCAGGCAGGAUUCCUGCCCAACCUAAACCAUACCCCAGAGAGAAGACAGUAAAUAACUAAAUACAGCAGCAGUGCAUUAACAUUGAGAAACAAGUGGGUUGAUGAAGAAACAUGGUACUUUAACAUACAGCAAGGAAUGCUGCAUUAACAGCUCUUUUUGUUUUAAGAGAGAUUAUGUUGUGAUGCAGUGAAGUCUGGGUGGUUACACUUUCUUCUAGUAGGACUGAUUGGAUUUCAAGUACUUUUAUAGCUUUUGAUACUUCAAUCAACAAUAACUUUGAUAUUUAUCAAGACUGCACUUGCGUUCAGAGGGAAACUGGGUUUCUGUUGAAAGGAGUCCAUAACUCUGUUAAAUAUGGGACUGUCUCUCUGUUUUUAGUUCUGUUUAAAGGAAGAUUACAGUUCUACUUAAAGGGAGAUUGCAGCUCACUGCCCUGUUUGAAGGUAGCUACUCAGUACUGUUGAUGUUUUUGUGUCUUUGUUAGCCAAUAAAGGAUCUGGCCUGAGACUCCAGGCUUGACAGAUGAUAGCAGGUAUCACUGCACCUCUGCCUUAACUCGCCAAGUGACAGAAUUCCUUGUUAUUUACCUCACUCUCGGGAACACUGUUUUAUUUAGAAAGCACCCAAUGGAUCAGGUUCUCUGGGUUCUGUCUAUCCUCUGCCUCUCCAUGAGGUCUGCAUGUUGUAUUUAUUCUUAAUUUAUAUAUAAAUAUGGUUGUGACUGUAUUUUUGUACAUAUUAAUUGUCAUUUGAUGUAUAUAUUUCCUGUAAAUACAAUGGGAUUGAAUCCAAGC